UACAAUUUGUAGCAUCUUACUUGUGUGGGGUCAGAGUAAUCCGGUCAAAUCGUGUACAGGCCCUAACAACCACGAGACGCGUCAAAACGACUCUAGAUCUUAGAUGAUCAAUAUCUUCAUUAAUCUUGAUGAUGGAACGCUCAAUUUUGGGUGAAAUUAGCGGCAAUCGGCGUAAGCAUGCAGAUCUUACGCCAGAACAGCGAUCCGCAAUCAUUGCAAUGGUUGACGCGGGCCUAAUGUCUAAGCGAGCCAUUGCGCGUGAGGUCGGAUGCUCGCCCUCAACCGUCGACUAUACAAUUGACCAAGGCACCCCGUCCAAGUCGACCGUCAAACCCGCGCUCCGGGGGUCCAAAUAAUACCGCAAAUGGCGUAUGCGUAAGAAGAUCCAAUUAACGGAAGAGGGAGCCCGUAAACGGCUCGAAUUCGC